AUGACUCGGACUACGAACGAUAAGCUUAAUUUAAUUACGGAAAACAUCAAUAGAAGGAAGUCGCUUGACUUGAACAACGAUUACGUUGAAUCGUCCUCCGGAGAUGAAUCUGUUACCCCUGAAACUACAAGAAAGAGAAGUGAUUCCAAGACCAAGUAUGUCUCGGAGAUGGCAGAUGUGAAAUUUCACAGGCAUUCUUCGUCGAUAUUCGAUGAAGAGUACGUCAAAGAAUCACAAUUCUUCGGUUUCUACGUCUUGUUCUGGUUGGCUACGGGUCUAUUCAUGACAAAUACGUUGAUUCAUGUCUACUUUGAGAAUUCACUCGGCUUCCUCGAGUGGCCAAUUGUCAUGAUCUUGAGAAAGGACUUAAUUCGUGUGGGAAUCACCGACGGCGUAAUGUUUCUUUCUAUAUAUUUUGUCUACUUAAUCCAGUACGCUUGUAAGAAAAGGUGGAUUUCUUGGAGAAGACAGGGCUGGGUGAUCCAGGCAGUUUAUGAAGUAUAUCAUUUUGUGUUCUGGCUUGUCUUUGCCUCUGCAAGAGUCAUGGACUUCCCCUGGAUUGCUAAGGUAUUCUUAGUUUUGCACAACUUGGUGUUUCUUAUGAAAAUGCAUUCCUAUGGUUUCUACAAUGGAUACUUGUGGAAGGUUCUUAAAGAGCUUCAAUUCUCCGAGAGCUUCUUGAAGAAGUUAGAGGAGGAUCCGGCUUCACUCCCCAGCAAAUGUGACCUCGACAGCACUAUUUCUGCACUCAAAAGUAGUGUCGAGUUCUGCAAGUUUGAAUUGGAAUAUCAAUCCAAUGCUACUACGGUUACAACCAAAGAAUACGAAUUCAAUGAGUCUACACUUCUGGAAAGUUUAGAUCUGCUACAAGAAAAGAAUGUGAUAAAAUUCCCACAGAAUAUCACAUUCGUUAACUUUUUCGAAUACACUAUGUUUCCCACUUUGGUCUACACGUUACAUUACCCCAGAACUGAAAGAGUUAGAUGGUCUUUUGUCUUAUCCAAGCUAUGUGCCAUAUUCGGAGUUAUCUUCUUGAUGAUCUCUGUAGCCCAAACCUGGAUGUACCCAUUGGUAAUGGAAUGUAUUGAGGUGAAGAAGUUGCCUAUCUGGGAAAGAUGGUCCAAAUACUUGCUCAUUUUGCUUGACAUGAUAGCUCCGUUCUUGCUUGAAUACUUGUUCACAUUCUACUUGAUUUGGGACUCUAUUCUCAAUGCUAUUGCCGAAUUGAGUCGGUUCGCCGACAGAGAAUUCUAUGGCCCCUGGUGGUCUUGUACAGAUUGGUCGGAAUUCAGCCGAAUCUGGAAUGUCCCCGUGCACAAGUUCUUGCUCAGACAUGUGUAUCAUUCCUCUAUUAGUACUUUCCAUCUCAAUAAGACCCAGGCAACAUUGAUGACAUUUAUGCUCUCAAGCAUUGUUCAUGAAUUGGUUAUGUACGUGAUAUUCGGAAGCUUGCGUGGAUAUCUUCUACUCUUGCAGAUGUCGCAGAUUCCGCUUGUCAUGCUAAGUAGGACAGAGUACAUGAGAGAUAAGAAGAUUUUGGGAAAUGUCAUCUGUUGGUUUGGUUUCAUCUCAGGGCCUAGUAUGAUUUGCACACUUUACUUGGUUUACUAA